GUUGCCGUGGCUAGCGCGGGUGUCACUUGAUAAUAAACGCAAUACUUUAAAAAAAUCAAGCCAGCUAUAAAAAUUAAAAAAUAAAACCUCUUUAGUAAUCACGUGACUUUUUUUAUUUUUGAUAAAAUAAUACUGGCUUAAAAUAUUUUUUUAUAAAAAAAAAAAGUUUGAACUCUCUAGUGAUCAUAGUAAAUACUUUUUGGUGUGCGUAUUCAAAAUGGUGAGCAAGGUGUAUAAAGUUAGUUCGGAUAAACAGGAGAAGCAUGGAAGCAAGCAUAAUCAAGUAUUAAUGUCUAUUGUUGUGUGCAUGCCAAUCCUCGCCUAUGGGACUGCCAUGGGCUGGAUAUCUCCCAACAAAUCCCUCUUAAUGGGAGAAACAUCACCUGCCACCAAACCUUUAACAGAAGAAGAGGUGUCAUGGAUGGCAUCCAUUAUGUUUAUUUUCGCGCCAAUAGCAGUUUUCAUAUAUGGCGUGGCAGCUGAUAAGUUUGGAAGAAAGAAUGCUUUGCUGUGCGCUUCUAUUCCUAUUUCGGUCGGCUGGGCGGUCAAGCUGAUAUGUACCCACCCCAUCGCUCUGAUAGGAGCCAGGGCCCUGAUAGGCUUUGGUUCGGGUGGAGGCUUCGUGGUCUGCCCCCUGUAUGUGAAGGAGAUCAGCGAGGAUAGUAUACGGGGCAUGACGGGGACUUUUGUUAUAUUCUCUCAGACAGUUGGCAAUCUCCUAGUAUUCGUGCUCGGUGAUCUUCUCCCGUUCAACACAGUUCUGUGGAUAUUACUGGCGAUACCAUUGGUCCAUUUCUGCAUCUUACUACGGUUGCCAGACACACCGUCUUACUUGGUUAAGUGUGGGAAGAAUGAGGAAACAGCAAAAGUCCUCGGCUGGUUACGAUCCAUUCCCCACACGGACAACUCCAUCAGCGAAGAAGUAGACAGACUUAUAAUAGAACAAACCACUUCUGAACUGAAGUUCUCUCCCAAACUGCUGUUUGGAGACAAAACAACCGUAAAAGCAUUCUGGGUUACCCUCAUCGUGAACCUAACGCGGGAAUUCUGCGGAUGCAUCGCUGUCCUUGUCUACGCCAGCCAUAUAUUUUCUGAAGCGAGUAAAGACCCGAACUCCAUAUCUUUGUCUCCAAACAAGCAAUCAAUUUUGCUAGCUGCUGUGCAGAUAUUAGGGUCGUUUUUGGCAUGUCAACUUGUGGAUAGAGUUGGACGAAAGCCACUGCUCGUAAUAACGAGCGUAGUAGCCGGGUUCAGCAUGUGCCUGCUGGGCGCGUGGUUCUACCUGCUCGGCGCGGGGCUGCCCGGCUGGCUGCCCGUCGCCGCGCUCUGUGUCUGCAUAUUCGCGGACGCGUCGGGUUUACAACCGCUGCCGUAUGUUAUUAUGACCGAGAUGUUCAGCUUUCAGUUGCGUGGUACAGUAGCCACACUCAUCAUGGCAAUAUCACUCGGUACCGACUUCGCUCUACUAAAACUAUUCGCGCCUUUGAACACCUGGAUAGGAUACCAUUCAACUUUCUGGAUAUUCAGUGUUGUCUGCUUAUCAAACGUGUUUUAUCUAAUAUUCUGCGUGCCAGAAACAAAAAUGCGAGAUUUAGAGGACAUUUACGCAGACUUAGAAGGAAAGAAACGGAAGAAAAAACAAGACGAUGUCGUUGAAACCAAUCAUGUGUAGAUUUUAAUGUUUAUCUGUGGACAUUACAUAUUUAAAAUGAUUUUCAUAGGUUUGAUGUUAGUUUAU